UAAUCUCCCGCGAGAUCCAUCGUAACCGUAACCACCGUAUUCGGGUCGGGUUAGAUCCAUUUUCUUCAACCCAAACCAAACACUGUACUACGUUGUUGUUGAUCCUUCUUUGUUCCGUUCAACGAUUCAAACAAAACCUAUUUCCAAACAUAGCCAUUGUCGUUGUCAUUCCUUGUCGUUUAGCUGUAAUAACAGCAAAUUUUCUAUGUUCCGUUUAAGGAAGUUGCUACAUUGAGUUUUCAAGCAAGCGAAAAACAACAAUGUGUUUGUUUGGGAUUUAAGUUUUUAUAUAGAAAAAGUUUAGAUCUAAUCCAAGCCUCAAACUCUGAUUCUGAGUUUGUGGUUUUCGCUUUUCUGAAACGCGCUUAUUUGAAACGCGCUUUUUUUGUUUUUGCAUAAUGGGUGAAAAGAGGUCGAAAGGAGGAUGUUGUGGUUGGUUUAUUGCGCUUGUGAUUCUGGCUCUUGUGGUUGGUGCUGUUGUUUAUACUGUUAAGAAGAAGAUUGAUAAUGCGGAUUCUGAUAAACCGGCUCCGGUUCCGGGUCCUCCUGGUGCCAUUGAACAGAGAUAUGCUUCUGCUCUCAAAAUUGCAAUGCAGUUCUUCGAUAUACAGAAAUCUGGGAAGUUAGAGAACAACAAAAUAAGUUGGAGAGGGGAUUCGGCUCUUAAGGAUGGAAAGCAAGCAAAAAUAGAUCUUUCAAAAGGAAUGUUUGAUGCCGGAGAUAAUAUGAAGUUUGGUUUUCCAAUGGCUUUUACUGCCUCGGUGCUAUCAUGGGCGAUUCUGGAAUAUGGAGAUCAAAUGGAUGCUGUUGGCCAUAGUUGCUAAAUCAUAUCAUGUUUAUUAU